UUCUGAGUUAGAAAUGGAUGUAUGAGGGAGAAUGGUGUCUGGAUCUGAGAGUGACUGAUUACUAGAAAACUGAUUUUUCUACCUAUUCACAUCCUGGCUACCAGAAUAUGUAUUUUCCUGGAGAUGCUCUGUAGUUUUCAUCUUGCUCAAGCUUCCCUCCGGUUUCUGUGAUAUUCUUGAAAUCUUCGCAGAUGUCUGCACCAGCAUCUAACAGUCAGAAUAACAGACUAUCUGCUGUGCCAGAGACACCUACGAAGGCACUCGACAUGGACCAAGCUCAACAGAUGAAGAUCCGUGAGAGGCAGAGAUUCUUUGAGGAAGUUUUUCAGCAUGAUGUUGAUUUCUAUUUCCCAACAACUCUUCUGCAGCUGGAUCAUAAACGACCUCCCAUCGGGAGUAUCUCCUCCAUGGAAGUAAAUGUGGAUAUGCUUGAGCAAUUCGACUUGCUGGACAUUUCAGAUCAGGAGACCCUGGAUGUUUUUUUCAGCGCAAGUACAGAUGAGAACAGUAACACGACUUCUCUUUCAGGAGAUAAGAUUCACUCAGAAGAGUUUCAGCGGAAUUCUUCAAGUGCUACAGAAACAAAAUCCCGAUUGUCAUCCAUCUCCUCCAUAUCAUCAGACCCCAACAGCCUGGACGUGAGUGAGGACGGAGUACAGACACCAAUCAUCCAAUCAGAUGGCGAAGAGGAGGAGGAAGAGGCAGCAACACCAGUGGAAAAAGCAUCUCUAAAUGUGCAAAAUUUGAAAGACACUCAGGAGCACAAAGAGAGUGACAGUUAACGACUGUACUAAUUUGUCCCAAACGUGACUUUAGCUUGUUAAGGUUUUCCUUUGAUGAGCAAUUUAUAGCAGAAAUUAAAAAUGAGGUUGAUACUGAUAACAAUAUAUCAAUAUAUAGUGAUAAUAAGAAUCAAUACAUGUACCACUUGGAAUAUAGAAUUAAGGAGACAUUUUCAUACACCCAUCAGUAUCAGUCCCUCCUCUAGGAUUUCACAUCUCUCUCAGACUUAAUCCGCUGAGACCUCACACCAUCAAGUCUUUGGAGGAAAGACUGCCAAAGUUAAGAAAGAUGCAACUUAACAGAAAUUCAUUUGAAAAGAAGUAAUUUAAUAGACCUUCACAGCCUAUAUAUGGUUUGCAAAAAGACUUUGGAUGAUAUACUGGGCUCCAACAGGUAUCAUUUAGUGUAAAGGUUACUGUAAAUUAAACAGUGGGGUAGAACGUUAAAAAUGAAAUUAGUAUGGUACUUAAAAACUGCUGUUUAAAAUAUAUGCAUACACUGUGAGACACUUCUAAGAAUGUACUUUGUAAUAUAUGUAUGGUUGAGCUUGAGGUGCAAAACACGGUGUGACUGAUUUUUUUUACAAUGAAAACAAUGCUAGAUUAUCUCAGACUCCAGCACCCUGUCCUAGAACUAAACCUGCUGACCUAAUUCUUAUCUUUUAUCAGAUUUUAGAUCCUUGUUUAUUCAUAUUAAACUUAUUUCAUUUGUAAUGUA